AGCGGCAUGGCAAUCUCACGCGAGGCGGCGCUGGUGGGAUACACGUCCGUGGUUUUUUCCUUAACGCAGUGUUACUUAUCUCUCAAAAGGGCGAAGAAGAAAAGGAAGCAGCCCAAACGAUUGCGGAUUAGACAGCAGUCUGACAGGAAAGAGAUCAAUGUGUGUCAUAACCUGCUCAAAGAACUAUGCAUCGAGGACAGUCGUGGGUUUUACGAGUAUCAUCGGAUGUCAGUCGAAGAUUUCACAGAAUUGCUUAAUUUAGUCACGCCCUUCAUCACCAAGCAGGAGACAAAGCUGAGGAAACCCAUUCCACCAGAUCAUCGACUGUCUGUGACGCUCUACUACCUUGCCACAGGACACUCGCGGAGAUCUCUGGCAUGGUCCUACAAAAUAAGCCACAAUUUGAUAGCAGCCAUUAUCCCAGAAGUGUGCAAAGCUAUCCACGACGUGCUGAAGGAGAAAUACCUUAGACUUCCUGCCACAAGUGAGGAAUGGCAAGAUGUUGCAAAGGCCUUCUACAACUUGUGGAAUUUUCCUCUAUGUUUGGGGGCCUUGGAUGGGAAAAGAGUACUAGUGAAAAAAACUGCAAACUGUGGAUCUGGGGACUUUGAUAACAAAGUCCAUCACAACAUUAUAAUGUUAGGUCUGGUCGAUGCCAACUACCAGUUCCUGUAUGUCAGUGUAGGAGAAAAAGGACUUGCUAGUGAUUCUAGUGUGUGGGAUAGGUGCUCUCUGCAGGAGGAUAUUGAAAAUCAAAGCAUUCAGAUCCCUCCAAUUUCAGCAUUGCCAAACACAACCACCAAAUCUCCAUAUGUGAUUGUGGGAGAUGAUGGAUUCCCACUAAAAACCUAUUUGAUGAAACCCUAUUCAGGAAGGAACAUCACAAGAGAUCAAGCAAUAUUUAAUUACAGAUUGUCAAGGGCAAGGAGGGUAGCUGACAAUGCCUUCGGUAUACUAGCUUCAAAUUUCAGAGUCCUUCUUCAACCUAUUGCCUCAAAACCAAUGUUCGUUAAAGACAUAAUGUUUGCCACUGUAGUGCUGCAUAACUUUCUGCGGAUAAGGAGUGGAAAGCCUGUAAACCCAGAACUGCUUCAGAGGGAGGAUCAAGAAAAAGGCAUCAUAAUAAGUGGUGAAUGGGAAGCAUUAUCAAUGGAAAGCCUGCAGCCAAUUCAAAAAGGCUGCUCAAAUGAAGCAAAGGCUGUACGAGACAAUUUCAAGGACUACUUUAUAGGUACAGGUGCUGUUCCCUGGCAGGAAAGGAUGGCAAAUUUCCAAUAAUAACUUUAUAUUCUGUAUAUAGGUAAAACAUUAUACUUCUUGAAAAUAUCUUUGUAUAUAAUUAAUAUUUUAAUAAAAAGUACAAAUAC